GCAUGUCGCGUGCGCCGAGAGUGGAACCUCAAAUCGCCGUUGGUUCACAGUCUCGGGCGAUGCCGGCAAGAUGCAGGCGACCCGAGACACUGUCUGCACGGAGGAUUUCUACCACGGCAGCCAACUGGAGGCAAGAUUCACUGCGGAGCCGCAGAGGCUGACCAGGACCCCAGGCGUCCUGUGCUCAACUUUGGGCAGUGCCACGGAUGCGUGGGUCCACAGGAACCGAGCCCGGGUAUCUCCGCCGAGUGACGAUGCAAUCUUUUCCACCAUCUGUCGCUCGGGCUCGCCUCAGCAGGUGAUAGAGCCACUGGCCGGCAUCCUUAGGAGCCCCCAGUAUCCCUGCAGGAUGGCGGGUGCAAACGGAGGGAGCCAGCGGGAUCCGAUGAUGAACGUGGACUGGCUUGUCCUGGCUGACAACAGGAGCUUUCCGGAGGGCAUCAAGGGGAAGCGCAUAUUUUUCGACGCAG